GCACCAUGGAGCAUCCGAAAGACAUUGAGACUAGACGCAAAGAGGUUGAUCGUCUCCGAGUUUAUAUAUUUCUUGCAGGUUUGGACAAUAAUUUCGAUCAAAUCCGAGGAGAGAUUUUGCGGAUGGAGCCAAAACCCGAACUGGAGGCCGCAUAUGCACAUAUUAAAAGAGAAAGUAACCGACAGGGAACCAUGUCUGAAGUUGGUGUAACCUCCGAAGCCACGGCCUUGGCUACUGCGAGGUCCAGACAAUCUCGGCCGAACAACUAUAGUGUCGACCUUACUCGUAACCGGCUUCCAAUGAAGUGUACCAAAUGUGGUUUAGAUAACCACACAAUUAAGGGCUGUUAUGAGAUCAUUGGUUAUCCAGAAGGAUGGGUCCACAAAGGGCGAAAAAAGGAUUCUACCAGAGCCUCAUUUGCAUCCGCUCAGUCAUCCGAGGAGACUGCAUCAGAACCUCCAUCAGGUACAUCUGGCUCCAAGGCCUUGGCCACCUCAGGAUCUUCUCACCAGGACCGUGAUUGGAUGUGGUACUAGGAGAGGAAAGUUGUAUUAUCUGGACUUGACAGAAGACAGCAGUACAAGAUUGAGUCAGACACAUCAUGUGAAAGGAGAUGAGUCUAUCAGGAUGAAGAAAAUUUGGCUAUGGCAUAGACGA